AUUAUAGGACAUAUUAGUGGAAAAAAGUUAGAAAUUUUUUUAUACCACAAACACCUAGCAAUAGAAGAUGAACAUUUAGUCGGCGUUUCGGCAUUUUGUAUUCACUGUACCUAGUCCUAGGGAGGGUGUUCAAACAGUCCAGAGUGUACAAACAUACGACAGAAACUACAGAAAAUGGAUGGCUGGUUAUUCUUUACAUGUGCCCUGCGAUUGGCUGGUGACAAGUCCAGCGUGUUCCCCGCCCCGAGUCAGCUGGGAUAGGCUCCAGGUCAGCUGCGACCCUGCUGAGGACUAGCGACAUAGAAAAUGGAUGAAUGCGUGAUUUGUUCAUUUGGACGGCGAGUAGAAUACAUACUGACCAAAUACAAACACGUUUGACAAUUUAUCAUUCGUGGGUCAUGCUCAGUAGAUGGUGGGUGUGUGUACGUGAGUGUGUACACAACACACACUCUAUUCUCAUUCAUCCUUCGCUCUUCAAUUAUUGCCAGAUGAUAAAUAAUAAUAAUACGACGCAAAUCAAUCAUGUUGGGUGCACCCUUUUGACUGGUGCGCUACGCCCUGAAAUCAAACACUCGAGGUGGGUCAUGUGGGGGUUAUAAGAGCCCACCCGAGGGUAAAAGUGCGCAGCGGUGAACAUGUCUUUCCAGCCCAGCGUGAUCAGUUCCCAGCCUCAAGUCAGCGUCCACCAGUACGCCAUGUCCGACUGGAGCUCCAACACACUGGACUGCUGCGACAACUGCGGGAUCUGUCUGUGCGGGACCUUCUUGCCGUGCAUCCUGGAGUGCAAGGUGGCUCAGGACCACGGGGAAAGCUGCUGCCUGGCCUUCCUCCCCAGCUCCUCGGUGGCUUUGAGGACCAGCAUUCGCCACAAGUACCGCAUUGAAGGCUCGGUAUGUAAAGAUUGGUUGGUCAUGGCCUGCCUUCCGCUGUGUGGACUGUGUCAAAUGGCCAGAGAGCAAAAGAUGAGAGGAUAAGAAGGGGGGCAACCAAUAAAAAUGGAGGACUCUGUGUUUGAAGUGACAUUAUGAACUGACAUACGAGUCAUGAGAAGUCAACAGGAUGAAUGAUAAUACUUCUCCUUUUUCUGAGAUGAAAUAAAUUACUGACGUUAUCUAAA